AUGGGCCACCACCGUGUGAUAUCCGAAAUCGAAUGGCGUUGCUGGGUGGCAAACUCAAAAUUCCCAUCAACCCAGGUCAACAAGUGCCGCUCUGACCCCUUGUCGUCCUCGUCGCCAUCGUGCGCGCCAUUCCCACUAGCCUCGACGACCAGGACCGUUGUGCCGCGUAAUGAGGACAUGGGUUUUUUCUCCUCCAAAAAGCCAGAUUCCGCCGACUCUUCUUAUGUCACCGUCGCCACAACCUCCACCCCGGACAAGUCGGUCGUCCAGGUCAUUCGCUCACGAUUCUACGGAAAGAAGGGUAAAGAGCGGGAGGUCGACCAACUACCCUAUUCCUCGGCUCCACCACUCCCCACGAACACAACGAGCAAGUACAAUGGUCCCCCCGUCAAUUCUAUACUCCUGCCCUCGUCACCACCACCGCCCGUGGCCAACGGAAUUGGCGCCAGCCCCCGGCCCAGCGUCUCCCACAGGAGAAUACUCCUCCAGAAGUCGCAAGAGUCUCUACCCCCACUGCCCCCCAGCACGCCUUCGAAGAAGAGAACGAUAGAAGUAGUAGCACCGUCCAGCUCAGGAGCAUCCACACGCUCCAGACAUGCCCCGUCAACGCCCAGUAAGGACGGGGACGCCUCUGUCGUGUUGUCUGCCACACCUCAGCGGAAACAGGCAGACAGUGUCACGGUUACCCUAGCGCACCGAUUAAAUGAGUUGGCGGUAGCGAACGCAGAAGGCCUAUUAAACGACGACGAGUACCGCCUUCUUCGCCAGAGUUUGUUCGAGAGAUUUGCGAAUGCCUCAGUGGUCCCACAAGAGGAACCGAUCGUUCCUGCAGCGCGGCCAAGGCCUAGAAAGUCUAAUGUCAAUCCCGAUGGACGACCGGCUUCUCGACCCAUCUCCAAUUUCCAGGUGGAACUACCGCGCCCCACUUCAAUCCACUCACGAAAUUCUAUGUCCUUCGGCGACGGCGUCGCUGACCUCAUACGACGUGCGACUGGGCGCAGCACCUCCUCCGCGACUAAAGAUAGCGACGCCUCGAGCAUUUGGUCGGCCAAAUCGAGCUCUUCCAAAAUAUUUCGUUUCCGGUCAAUCUCCAAGAAGUCGAGCAAUUCCUCUAUUGGGACGACCACAUCCCGCGCCCAAGCCGAUUCCAUCUCCAUCUCCUCCAAACGUGCCGCACCAGGGGGUUCUGAUAAAGGACAUUCUGAUCACGGUCACCACUUUUCCCCCUCGGGCUCGCGCUCUGGCAGCAUCAGAAAAAAACUGCAAACUCCACCUUCCUCCUUUCCUACUCGCAUCAUUGGCCAAGACGCUCGAUACGCGACCAAUAUCCGUGACGUGUUUGAUGAAGAGAAUCUCAAGUCGGCUCAGGACAUCCAGAAGGAAAUUCAAGCUGUCGAAGCAGAGCAGCGUCGACUGAUGGACGCCUUCAAUGGGCUUGAAUUAACCACUCUCAGCAAAAUGCGACGUCAGCAUCAAGCGAGGCCCUCCCUUAAGUCCGCUACCGGCAGCCAAGGCGAAUCUUCACAGAAUCACUCCGAUACGAGGUCACAUAAGAGAUUCAAUCCAAGUGAAAGUGACGCAGUCUCCAUACGGUCUGGUGUCUCCGUAGGCACGGCUCCCUCUGUAGCUCCUUCCAUGGCUCGGUCUGCCUACUCGAACAGGAGCAAGACGCUGAGAGGGAAGAGUAGCCUUAACCCCUCAGUCCUCUUGCCGUCAUCAAGUUUGCCUUCACCCGCUUCGCUCCAUCGGAAGAACUCGUCAUCGAGCUUCACUUCGAUGGAUAGACGAAUCGAUAGAAGUCAGAUUGGACCACCACCCGUCCCGGCGUUGCCUGCUACGAUUUCGCAUGGUCAUCUCCGAGCGGCCAACAACUCGAGUAUUAGUCUCAUUCGCAGCACUGGACAUCUGCCUAUGGACGUGGUGCACGAAGAUGAUGAUAAGCUGGAAGGCAAAACCGAUGACGCAUUGCAGGUGGAGGAUGAGAUGGAGGAGAUACGACGGCGGCGUGAAGAGGUUGCACUACGAUACGAGGCUAGACUGGAUUACUUGCGUGCCAAGCUGAAGGGUGCGCAGUUGCACGAGAAGUUACUGAAGAAAUGA